GCUGCUCUCUGCAGUAUGGGCUUCAAAAUCCCUCCAGAAUUCUCUAACCAAAAAUAUCUUGUGAUUACUUAAAAUAAUAAUUUUCAGUUGUCAAGACUCAAAAAGAUGAUGAACCCUUUUCUACUUUCCCCCUUAUAAAUUGGUCUGUCACUACCACGUUCAAGGAAUCAAUUCACACAUCCAAGAAACUCUACUACACAAGCAAAAAAGAACCAAAUUUCAUGGCUGCUCCUUCAACUUCUACCUCCUCUACUAUGCUAACUCAAGAGCUUCUCAUACAAUUCCAUCCAAGAAAGCUCCUACUUCACACCCCUUUACUUCAACCACCAGUAGCAGCAUCAGCAACACCACCAACAAUUGGGAAUCUUAGUAGCCAUGCUCCAUCAGAACCUGCAGCAGACAACAGUUUUGAUGCAAAUGUUGUGAUGGUUCUUUCAGUCCUCUUGUGUGCCUUAAUUUGCUCCCUUGGAUUGAAUUCCAUCAUCAGGUGUGCAUUGAGGUGUUCAAGUUUUGUGUCCUCUGAUCAAUCAAAUGACAAUUCCUCAGCUAGAUUAGCCAAUACAGGGAUCAAGAAAAAGGCCCUGAAGACAUUUCCUACCAUAAACUACACUACUGAGCUAAAAUUACCUGCCUUGGACACUGAAUGUGCAAUAUGCCUAUCAGAGUUUGCUACAGGGGAGAGAGUCAGAGUUCUGCCAAAGUGCAACCAUGGAUUCCAUGUUCGAUGCAUCGAUAAAUGGCUGAAUUCACACUCAUCUUGCCCAACCUGCCGGCACUGCCUGAUCGAAACAUGUCAAAAAAUUGUGGGAUGCAGUCAGCAGGCUAGCUCUUCAAGACCGGCACCAUCACCAGCGCCACCAGCACCACCAGCACAAGAAACAAUUGUAAGAAUUGCCCCUUUAGAGCCCGAAGGUUUAUUACAUAAUUACCAAACUUAAUACAAAAAAUGACCACGUUGUUAAUUAGCUUGAAAUUGUAUAUAGCUGUAGGUUUAAUUCUGAUUUGCUAGCAGUCCUUAUUGGCAAGCAGCAUCUGUAAAUAUCAGUUUAAACUUCCAAGUGACCUGUGCUGGCCUUGGAAUCCUCAUCCUGAACUUUUGUUCUAUCCAGAAAGGGUUUAAUUUUGAA